AUGGCUAUUGUUUUAAGGUUUGUUGAUAGAUAUGGUUAUUUACGAGAGCGGUUUUUUGAGCUAGUACAUGUCAAAGAUACAAUCUCCAAGACUCUUAAAGAAGAAAUUUCUGUGGUUUUAUCUAACCAUGAGUUGAGCAUUCAAAACCUUAGAGGGAAAGGAUAUGAUGGUGCUAGUAAUAUGAGAGGAGAAUGGAAUGGUUUAAAGGCUUUGUUCAUGGAAGAAUGUCGCUAUGCUUAUUAUGUACAUUGUCUAGCACAUCAAUUACAAUUAGCUCUUAUUGCUGCAGCAAGGGAAGUAGCUGAGGUUCACGAUUUUUUCAAAGAUUUAAUUUUUAUUGUUAACACUGUUAGCUCCUCUUCUAAGCGUUAUGAUGAGUUACAAGCUAGCCAAAUAGCUGAAUUGGAGAAUUUAAUUGAGAUUGAGGAGGUUGAAACAGGGAAAGGAUUGAAUCAAAUUAGCACGUUGCAACGUCCUGGGGAUACUAGAUGGAGCUCUCAUUAUAAGUUGAUUUAUAGUCUAUUAAAAAUGUACAAUGCUACUCGCUUAGUCCUUGAAAAAAUUGUCAUUGAUCGUCGGGUAUCAUAUUCUCAACAUGGGGAUGCUAAAUAUGUUCUAAAAAAGUUGGUAUCAUUUGAUUUCGUAUUUAUCUUACACCUUAUGGAAGAUCUUAUGGGAUAUACAGAUGGUCUUUGUCGAGCUUUGCAGCAUAAAUCACAAGACAUUUUAAAUGCUAUGCAUUUAGUUGCUGGUACAAAAUCCUUGAUUCAAAAUUUUAGAGAUAACGGUUGGGAAUCCCUUUUACAAAAAGUACAAUCAUUCUGCCUUAAACAUGAUACUCAGAUACUGGAUAUGCAAGUUGCUUAUUCUAAUAUAAUUCGAUCUCGACGCAACAAAGACAACAUAACAGUGGAGCAUCAUUAUCGGGUGGAUGUGUUUAAUGCAGCUGUAGAUCAGCAAUUGGAAGAGCUAAAUAGUCACUUUAGUGAACGAACAACAGAGCUACUGACUUUAAGUGCAUCUUUGAGUCCUAUUGAUGAAUAUAAACACUUUAAUGUGGAAAAUAUUUGUCUCCUUGCAUAG